AAUCUAAUAGUAAUAGUAUACUGUAUUGUUAAUUUCAUGGUUGAUAACAGCUGCUACUAUUUUUCCUUUUUGCACUAUUAUUUUACGAGUACUCUGCGUUCCCAACUGCAUCCGUGUUUUUACUUGUGAAACAUUUGAAAAAGAACUAGGUUUGGACCUCACGUGUAGUACUUAGAUACUGAAAUGACAGACAAGUCAGUGUCUGUGUGUAUUUUAAGUUCCACCUGCAACAGAUCACACUCAUUCAAACCAUGAGGUGAACUUCUUUACUGUGAAGCAUAGAACUGCUCGUGCAGGACUUUGCAGACGGUUGACUGUGUGCGAGACAAGAACAAGGUGGGGACCAGACACUUUUUGUUAGGAUCCUCCGGAACUCGUCCUUUCCGUGUCACCAUGGGGGUCAAAGCUGCACUUCCCAAAUAUGAAAUCUACUUCUACAACACAGUGCUGUGUCUGGCAAUGUUCUGGGCCACUAGUUGGAUCUUUGAGGUGUCCAGCUCAAAUGCAAGCAGAAAGUCGUUCAAAACCAGCAUGAAACCAGGAUGGUACUACUUUGGGAGGAAAAUGGACACGGCCGACUUUGAGUGGAUGAUGUGGUUUUCCACUUUCAGGGAGCACAUUUUGUUUGCUCUCUCUGGUCACGUGCUGUUCGCCAAGAUCUGCUCAAUGCUGGCUCCACAGUACAGGUCCCUGGUGCACAUGGUGUAUGGACUGCUGGCUGUGUGGACCAGCAUGGGUUGGACGUACGUCUCCCUCAUGUUGUCUCACUGCAUCCUCCUCUACAGCGUCUCCCUGGUGAAAAUUCGCUGGCUUUGCUUCGUCACUGGCUUUUGUACUCUCGCCACGUUCAAGUGUGAACCUUUUGUGUCCUGGCAGGCUGGAUUUGUCGAGGGAGACUUUGAGCUACGCCACGUUCUCUUCUACGGAGGAUGUGGGUUUACUAUCAUGCGCUGCAUGAGCUUCGCUCUUGAGAAUUGUGAAAGGAAAGACGGAAACUACAACAUCCUGGAGCUGCUUAAAUACAACUUCUACCUCCCCUUCUUCUAUUUUGGGCCCAUCAUGACCUUUGACAAAUUUUAUGUUCAAGCCAACAAGUCAGACCUGACUAGAAAAGAGCGGGAAAUGUGGAACAUCAGUCUGCAGGGCCUGAUCCACUUGGGGGUCAUCAUUGUAGUGGACGUGCUCUUUCACUUCAUGUACAUCCGGACUAUCCCCACCGACAUGAAGCUGCUCAGACACCUCUCAGACUGGGCUCUAGUGGGUCUGGCUUACUUUAACUUGGUGUACGACUGGGUCAAAGCAGCCAUCAUGUUUGGAGUCAUCAACACAGUGGCCAGACUGGAUCAUCUGGACCCACCAAAGCCGCCAAAAUGCAUCACGAUGCUCUACGUGUUCGCUGAAACCCACUUCGACAGAGGAAUCAAUGACUGGCUGUGCAAGUACGUGUACGAUUACCUGGGUGGAAAGCAUGACAAUGUGGUGGAGGAGCUGGUGGCGACGCUGUGCACCUACGGCGUCGCCGUUCUCUGGCUGGGACCCUGCGAGGUGGUGCUGCUCUGGGCUUUCUUUAACUGGUUCGGCCUCAACUUUGAGCUGUGGACUGCCAAAUUCUUCUCCAUGGAGCCGUUUGCCUCCAUGGAGAUGGAAAUGUCAGAAGCCAUGUCCCGCAGGAUCAGAGCCACCGUCAAUACUUUGAACUUCUGGUGCAUCGUGUUUUUCAACAUCGUGGCACUGAACAGUUUGGACUUUGCCAAGUUGGUCGCUAAACGACUCCUCCUCAAAGGUUUUCCUAUAACCACCAUCAUCGUCAUGUUCAUGACCUACUGCCUCAUUCAAGCAAUUAAGGAGCAAGAGAGAAAACAGGCCCUGAUCAAUGACCCUGAUCCCCUUCCUCCCGUCCAGCCUCAAAACAUCACCACCAGUGUGACCGGUGCUGCUGCAGCAGCGUCGGCUGAUACUCAGCCGGUCGCAGAUCCCAGUAAGGAAAAGGCAGAGUAGAUAUUUGGUGUUCGCCAUUAAAGGACGCAGCAGUCGACAGUAUUUAGUGUUGUAACGUUUGAAGGAAUGCUCCUCUGCACAGCCU